GCACUUUCUCUAUACUUUUGCCAAAUAAGUUAUGAGUAUAAUAAUUACACUUCCACUUUGUGUUUAUAUUUUGAAAAUUAAAUAUAAUUCCCUAGAUAAAAAAAACAAUACUCUAAUAAAUUAAAAAUGGAAAUGGGACAUCAAGAAAACGGUCAGACGGAAGAACAGGUUGAAAGUGAAAUAGAAUAUAAUGAACAUUAUGAGACUAUUUUCAAUAAGGUAAAAGUUGAGAUUAAAGAAGAACAAACUGAGGUGGACGUAAAUAAUCUUCCCAAAAGCAGUAGUUCCAAUGAAAUCAAACAAGAACCAAAUUAUGAAUUCAUUAAAUGUGAAACAGUUAAUAGUGAAGAUGUUACCACAGAGGAUGUUACAGAAUCUCAAAACAUUGAAAAGGAAAGAAGGAAUCCCGAAGACAGAAGACACUUUUUGCAUAAGAAGAGGGAACAAGAGAUAACAGAAUUCUUAGACAAUGAUUUAAUAGAUUCAUUUGAAUCAUUUUUAAGAGUCUUAGACAAUAAUAUACCAUUGAAAAACUGGACAAGUAAAAUUAAAAGUGACUGUGUAUAUUUCUAUGUAUUAAACAUUAAUCAGUUGGGACACAAGUGUGAUAAUAUUUGUGUAAUAAGUAGUGUAAUAGUUAGCAGUAAUUUUAGUGUAGGUAAUCCUGUAAUCGUCAAUGUAGAAGACAAACUGCGCAAAAAGGGGAAGUAUUUGCGUGAUCAGUUUAGUACAGAGUUGUCGAAAACUAAACGCCCCACAUCUGAAGAUGAAGGUGAGGAAAAGCACAUCACAUCGAUUCCUCAAAAUACUUCAUCCAAUACUCCUCCUACAGCAACAACGUCACAGACUCGUAAGUUCCAGCCAAUGUCAAAACGAAUAGUUAAACGUCAAAGGACAAAUGAUUAUACCGCAUCUAUGCUGGAAAUAGACCGAAAAAAACUAGAAAUCCUGGCUCGAAAGACCGAUAACAAAAAUAUAGAGGAGUCUGAAGACGAAGACUUGCAUUUUUUUAAAAGCAUUCUUCCGCACGUAAAAAAGAUUAUGCCAGAAAGAAUUUUAGAAUUUUGCGGUAGGAUUCAACAAUUGGUUCAAGAAUUUGCGUACCCAAGUAAUUUGCUUAGAAUUCAGCCAUUACUACCCGUGCAAUCUCCUUUCGCACCACGGUCCCAUGCUUCAACAACUCACAGUAUUCCAUCGGAACAAGACUCGCAGUUUUAUAUUAGUAGAUAUGGAUUUAUAGAGAACAGCGACCAAUAA